GUUCGCGAGACGCGCGUUUCCCCCGCAGAGAGAGAGGAGCGCGCAUGGAUCCCUGAGAGCGCGCUCGCUCGCGCGCACACACGCCCCCGACGCCCCCCCCCAAAACACACGCACUUUUCGACGCUCGCUCGGUGUGUUUUCGACGCUCGUCGAUCGAUCGCGAUGUGGAUUCAGAUCCGGACGAUCGACGGGAAAGAAACGCGCACGGUGGAGGAUCUUUCGCGCCUCACGAAGAUCGAGUCCCUGCGCGCGAAGAUCCGCGACAUCUUCGACGUGAAGCCCGAGCAACAGAGACUCUUCUACCGGGGAAAACAGAUGGAAGAUGGUCAGACUCUCUUUGAUUACAACGUCGGCCUGAACGACAUCGUCCAGCUUCUGAUUCGCUCUCAGUCUGACCCGCCGGAAAGCCCCGCCCUCAACAACGGGCAGGGUGUGGCCUGUGUCGUAGCUCCACCCCUAACCACGUCUGUCCCAGCCUCAGCCACACCCACCACAACAGCCGUUUCCCCGACAACCGUCUCCAACAGCAAUGGAAACGAUUCCAAAUCCCUCAUCCCAGAGUCGGACAGUGAGCCGUCCACAUCCAGCCGAACAUUCCUCCUCGAUCCCGGGAUCGGGCACUUCAAAGUGAAUGAGUUGGUGGACUGCAGAGACGUCAGUAUCGGCGCCUGGUUUGAAGGCGUCAUUGAUAAAGUCACUCCUGCUUGUAAAGGACAGAACAGGGUGGGCCGACCCAGCAAACGCACCAAUGGCAAACUGGAGUCUGAGGCGAACGCCGACUCUACCAGCACCCCAGAGAAAGGGUUAAACUUGGACAACAGCCAAUCCACAACCUCCAAAACAGAUUCAGCAAACAGCCGCCAGGAUGUCUCGUACCACAUUAAAUAUGAAGAUUACCCGGAGAACGGCGUGGUGGCGAUGAGCCCAGAUGACGUGCGCCCGCGGGCCAGAACUCUUCUGCGCUUUGACCAGCUCCAGGUGGGAGAUGUGGUGAUGGUCAACUAUAACCUGGAGCUUCCCGAGGAGCGAGGCUUCUGGUACGACGCCGAGAUCUUGACUCUGAACGCCGUCUCGCGCACCAACAAAGAGAUCCACGUCAAGAUCCUGCUGGGAGGUCCGGGCGAUGUGAUUGGUGACUGUAAGCUGCAGUUUCUGGAUGAGAUUUACCGGAUAGAGAAACCCGGAGCACCAGCACUGUCUUCGUCUGAUGGCCCGUUCAAACGGAAGAGCGGGCCGGAGUGUAAGCACUGUAAAGCGGACCCCGACACCGAGUGCCGGUUCUGCUCGUGUUGUGUGUGUGGAGGGAAGCAAGACGCUCACAUGCAGCUCCUGUGUGACGAGUGUAACAUGGCCUUCCACAUUUACUGUCUGAACCCUCCACUGUCCUCCAUACCUGAGGAUGAAGACUGGUAUUGCCCCACCUGCAAGAACGACAGCAGUGAAGUGGUUAAAGCCGGAGAGAAACUCCGAACCAGCAAGAAGAAAUCCAAGAUGCCGUCGGCUACAACAGAGAGCCAGAGAGACUGGGGCAAGGGUAUGGCGUGUGUGGGCCGCACUAAAGAAUGCACGAUUGUCCCCUCCAAUCACUACGGCCCAGUUCCUGGCGUUCCCGUCGGAACCACGUGGAAGUUUCGUGUUCAGGUGAGCGAGGCGGGCGUGCACAGGCCUCACGUCGGAGGGAUUCACGGGCGCAGUAACGACGGCUCAUACUCGCUGGUGCUCGCCGGGGGCUUCGAAGAUGAAGUGGAUCGGGGUGACGAGUUCACCUACACCGGCAGUGGAGGUCGCGACCUCUCUGGGAACAAGCGUAUCGGCGAGCACUCGUUUGAUCAGACGCUAACACACAUGAACAGGGCUCUGGCACUGAACUGUGAUGCCCCCCUGAAUGACAAGGACGGGGCCGAGUCACGCAACUGGCGAGCGGGAAAACCGGUGCGAGUGAUCCGAAGCUCCAAGGGUCGACGCAUCAGCAAAUACGCCCCGGAGGAGGGGAACCGCUACGAUGGCAUUUAUAAGGUGGUAAAGUACUGGCCGGAGAUCGGGAAAUGUGGGUUUCUAGUGUGGCGAUACCUUCUCCGACGGGACGACCUGGAGCCGGCGCCCUGGACUCCUGAGGGAACCGAGCGCAGCAAGAAACUGGGCCUCAAAGUCCAGUAUCCUCCUGGGUAUCUGGAGGCAAUGGCCAAUAAGACGAAGCGUGAGGCGACGGUGCGAUCGGUGGGCGGAUCCACACACACACGGGGUAGGAAGAGAGGGAGACCCCGAUCCACUCGCCCGACCAAGAGACUCCAGGAGGAAGAGGAGGAGAAGCCUGUGCUGAACACAGAGGAAGAGCUGCAGAGCAAUGGGAGUCCAGACGCCCCUGAAGAACACAACACAAGUGUGUGCGAGGAGCAGGAGGAGCCACAGGUGAAGCGUCUGAAGGAAGUGGAAUCGUUCGUUCUGUCAGAACAGCAGCGGAAUCUGAUAGAGGAAGACGAACCCAACAGGAAGCUGUGGGAUGAAGCACUGAGCUUCCUCACAGAGGGACCGAACUUCCUGCGUAAGGUGGAGCAGAUGUUCAUGUGUGUGUGUUGUCAGGAAUUAUCCUUCCAGCCCGUCACCACUGAGUGUACUCACACGGUCUGCAAGUCGUGUCUGCAGAGGUCGUUCCGUGCUGAAGUCUUCACCUGCCCCGCCUGCCGCCACGACCUGGGCAGAGAUUACGCCAUGAGCCUCAACAAAACCCUCCAGCUGCUCCUGGAUCAGUUCUUCCCCGGAUACAGCAAAGGACGAUGAGUCUGAUCCUCAACAUACGGACAAAGAUCCACACUCGCACGCACACACACACACACACACACACAGUCCCCCAUCAGCACCAGCCUGGCAUUUGUACCACAUGACCGCAAACCCAACGGAUGCUGGGUCAUGUGACUCGAUCGUGUGUCCAUCAUGAACAUCAUCACGUCUGGAUCGACUGAGAAUCAACCAGAAACGACAAACUUCUCAGAAUCAGUGAUGCGUUGAAGCGAGCGCUCCUCGUGAGUCCUGUCAGAAACACGUCGCCUAAAAACAUCAUAUUCCGCACACAGAAACUAUUAUCUGCAUAGUGACACACAAACACAGUUCCUCCCAAACUCUUAUUAACCUGUCCAGAUGUUUUUAUUUCGUAUCAGUGAUUUUACUUUGAUUCUAUCGACUGUAAAACAGAUUUUUUUUUGUUAAUAAAACAAGCAUUAGAGGCAGUGUAUCGAAUACAACGUGUAAAUGCUUUUAAUAUGGAUCGUUUUUAUAUGUACUUUUAAUAUUUUAAAUGUAUAAAUACAAUUGAAUAAAUAAUAUAUCAGUUUUUGACAUAUUAAUGGGGGUCAAAAUGUGUUUGAAUUGAAUGAAAAUAAUGUCGCUAAUCAGAAUAUCUCGGGGGGGUUUCUGAACGCGCGUGUUUCUGAAGUGGAGUCCGAGCCGAUGUUGUGUUCGGGUCAUGAGAAGAGUGUGUUCGCUGAGAAUCUGUUCGGAUCUGUGUUUCUUCAGGCUUCGAGCAAACGUUCGUUUAGCUGACGUGUUCGUCUGUUUGCCGAGUGUUGUUCGUUGCUUGGCCUGUUUGUCCUCUUUUCGUGGUGACGUCCUUUUUCUCUAAAGAUUUUUGCUUUUGUUUUUCAGGAAAUGUAAAUGUAAAAUGUUUAAAGAUUAUCCAGACUCAGAAUCUCUGGUUUGGUCUGGUGUGUGUGAUCCUCUCUUCUGCUCUGCUUCAGCUUUACUGUGGUGUUUCAUGUUUUCUUGCACUUAUUACUGGAGAUGGGUUUAAGUUCCUCCUGUCAUUACUGUCGACUAUCGCCGCUCCUCCUCCAGUGUGGUUAAUCCCAGCAGACACAUCGCUUCCAAUUGUGAUUCCAAAUUUUAUACAUGGUAUAAUACUUGUUAUGUACUUAUUAAAUAUUUUGAUUCCAGAA